UAAGCAUGUGAUUAGCACACUCACCAAUACAUUAACCAAUUGUUUAUCUUUCAUAACACCAUCCCAUGAUUUUGUCCGAAGACCAUAAACCUCAUCAAAUCAACUUCACCUACCACACAAAGCAAACACUUCCCUCAGCCAUUGCCUUUCUUUCUUUGUUCUGAUCUGCUGCACUUGAGAUUCACCCAUGGCUGCAAAACUUUAUGGUGGAGCUUAUCUCUCUCCCUUUGUUGAUGUUGUUUUGGACAACCUGUCCUCAAUACUUGAAAAUGACUCAGUCCUCAAUGGAAACUACUCUUCCCUUGAGUUGCUUGGAAGGUUGCAGAAUUGUCUGUAUGAUGUUGGACCUGUUCUUGAUGAUGCUGAGCUGAAGCAGUUCACUGACAAGAGAGUCAAGAAGUGGCUUGUUGAUCUCCAACAUGCUCUCUAUUUCGCUGAUGAUUUGCUCGACGAACUCUCCACUAAAUCCGCUAUUGCUGCCACUCAAAGGGAUCCAGGUAACUCUUCCUCCUGGUCUCGUCUUGUUGAUUCGUAUAUUGAAGAUACUGGUGACAUGGAAAAAAUAGUUGGCACACUAGAGUCUGUUGUAAGACGCAAAAAUUAUCUUCGUCUGAAGGAGAGUACCAAGGUGGACAUGUCAUGGAGAAUUCCAUCCACAUGUCUUGUUGAACCAUCGGAGAUAUGUGGCAGGAAAGAAGACAAGGAGGCCAUACUGAAACUGUUGUUGGACGAUGAUGCUGCUGCUGAUGGUAAUUUAUCUGUCAUUCCCAUUGUGGGCAUGGGCGGAAUAGGAAAGACUACUUUGGCCCAAUUGCUUUACCAAGAUGACCAAGUGAAGGAGAAUUUUGAUUUUCGAGGUUGGGUUUGUGUGUCAGAAGAGUUUGAUGUUGUCAAGGUCACCAAGACUGUAAUCGAGGCAAUAACUUCAAGUUCUUGUAACUUGACAGAUUUGAAUUUACUUCAGUAUGAUUUAAAAGAAAAGUUGUCCAGGCAAAAGUUCUUUAUUGUCUUGGACGAUGUCUGGAAUGAAAACUAUGAUGAUUGGAAUACACUUCUAAAACCUUUUCAGAAAGGGGUUAAGGGAAGUAAAAUUCUCAUAACUACUAGAAAUAAAAAUGUGUCUUCGGUAGUGCAAACUGUUUCACCUCAUGAACUAAAUUUAUUGUCUGACGAAGAUUGUUGGUUAGUGUUUUCAAAGCAUGCACGUCUUUCAACUGUUUCUGUGGAGAAUCCAACCCUGGAAAAAAUCGGCAGAGAUAUCGUAAAGAAGUGUGAUGGAUUGCCAUUGGCAGCUCAAGCCCUUGGAGGCAUAUUGCGUGGAAAUUCUGAUAUCAGAUAUUGGAAUCAUUUAUUGAAGAGUGAAAUCUGGGAACUCUCCAAUGACAGAAUAAAUGUUGUUCCAGCUUUAAGGAUAAGUUAUUAUUUUCUUCCUUCAUAUUUGAAGCAGUGCUUUGUUUAUUGUUCAUUGUAUCCCAAAGACUAUGAAUUUAGCAAAGAUGAAUUGAUGUUGUUAUGGAUGGCAGAGAAUUUUUUACAACCAGUAGGAAAAAAGACCAUGGAAGAAGUUGGUGGUGAAUAUUUUGAUGAAUUAAUUGCGAGAUCAUUUUUGCAACCUCAGUACCGAGGAAAAUAA